ACCCCUCAUCCUGCACCAGGAGAACACGAGCAGCUCUGACGGGACAAACUCUUCAUUCUGUCGACAUCACUGCCAUUGAUUCAUCAGUCUAAAUGCAAGACUGAUUUUUAACUUGAAUCUGUGGACGAUAUGAAGAUGAAACUGUGAUGCUGAGAAGACGACGGUGAACUUAAGAUCGAAUCAUUAAAGCAUCAUUAAAGGAACCGGUUCGGCCCUGUCGAGGUGCCUCAUCUUCUGUGGAAAUGCCCGGGGAAGGAUCCGGUUCUGCGCGGUUCUCACACGGAGAUGUGGACGACGGGAAAGUUUCACCGAUCAUUUGUGAAGAUGAGCUGCUCAGCACCGGUCGGUACAUAUUAGAUGGACUCGGUUCGAAUCGAUAUAUCAUGAUGGGCGCAUCCCAACAAACACAGGAGAAUUCCAACCCGUGCUCCUUGUUUCCCUGCACGAGUCAGACUGGAUCCAUGUGCGCCGGUUCGGAUGGAUCGAGGUACGCGACGUCGCUCCAUUACGGUUCGGUUCUGCCGUCCACGGGAUUCUGUCAGUCUCUGUGUGCAGGACGCAAUGAGUUCGCCACAGGUUAUCAGUUUGGACACGGUUCUGGAAACACUUACCACUCGUAUCACGGUACCGGGUCUCUGUCUGGAGCGGGACUGAGAGCGCAGGUGUAUCUCUGCAACCGGCCGCUGUGGCUCAGAUUUCACCGGCACCAAACAGAAAUGAUCAUCACCAAACAGGGCAGGCGGAUGUUUCCAUUUCUAAGUUUCAAUAUUACCGGAUUAAGCCUGACAACGCAUUAUAAUGUGUUUGUGGAGAUUGUUGUAGCUGACCCGAACCACUGGAGAUUUCAAGGCGGAAAAUGGGUCACCUGUGGGAAAGCCGACAAUAACAUGCAAGGAAAUAAGAUUUACGUCCACCCCGAAUCACCAAACACUGGCGCUCAUUGGAUGAGACAAGAAACUUCUUUCGGGAAACUCAAACUAACGAACAACAAGGGAGCAAAUACUAAUAAUGCACAGAUGAUUGUCCUUCAGUCUCUACACAAGUACCAGCCGAGGCUUCAUAUUGUUAAAGUAUCAGAUGAUGGCAUUGAAAGCACAGGAAGAGAUCCUAAAACUCAGAUCUUCACAUUUCCUGAGAACCAGUUCAUCGCUGUCACAGCAUAUCAAAAUACAGAUAUCACUCAACUCAAGAUUGACCACAAUCCUUUUGCGAAGGGUUUUAGAGAUAAUUAUGAUUCGAUGUAUACUGUUCCAGAGCGUGAAAGACUUACACCAUCGCCGACAGAUUCACCUCGAACACAGAUUGUAUCGAGCGCACACUACGCCAUGCAACCAUUCCUGCAGGAUCAGUUCGUCAACAAUCUGACUCCGAGUCGUUGUUCUGUCCAACAAACUAAUGCCAACAAGUUAGAACUGACCGCAUAUGAGGGUGAUUAUUCCAGCUCCUUGCUGCCGUACAGUUUCAAAUCUUUACCUCUGCAGAGCCCUCACUCUCUUGGCUACUAUUCAGACUCUGCUUUUGCAUCUGUGACUGCAGGAUGGGGGUCAAGAGGGCCCUACCCGAGAAAAAUGACCUCUGGCUUGCCAUGGUCACCCAGGCCGAGUCCCACUAAUUUCACUGAUGAACAAACACCCGACAAAGACAAAUCCAGAGAGGAAAGUGCAUUUAUUCCAGCUGCAGCCUGGAUGGAGACCGCACCAUCUUUGAAACCUUUGGACUCUGCAGAACCAAGUAUUUACUCGAUAGUUUGUAAAAGGAGGAGAAUUUCUCAAGGCGAGUCCGGAGCCGAAAACUCCCCAACAAUCAAGUGUGAGGACUCAAUAGCUUCAGAAAACAUUAACAAAGACAUUUCGUCCACCGCCAAGGGUAUUGGCUAUUAUGCGUUCUAUGCCAGUACCUGAAGUGACUUUGAAGAGUCAUUAAUUGGCUUUUCUUCCGCUCCAUUAUAAAGUUUCUGUACGCAAUCUUGUCUGUGUUUUGAUAGCCAAAUUUUGGAUGUGCAGAGUUACUACACAUGUAAUCAGUUAAAUUCCCAAUUAUUUGAUAGUGAACUAUGGGUCUUUAAAUCAAUUUUUUCAGAUGCUCACCCAAAAGCCAACGGUUUCUGUGCACGUUCUAAGAAAGACAUUUGUAAAAUGCUGUGGUGUCUGUAUUAAAUGCCUCCUAUGUUUUGGAUUGGUAUUUUUCAUUUCUUAAAGUGUUUUUUGAAUAGACAGAAUUAAUGAAUACUAUGCAAAACCUGAUAUAGAUGUGGAAAAAUGUAGACAGAAAUGUAACCAAUCAUGUUUACAUGCACAUCAAUACGCUGAUUACUCCCAAAAAUCAGCUUAUUUAAAAAAUCUGACAAAGCAAGAAAACCGUGUUUAAAUGUGAUUUGAAAUAAUCAUGUUAUUCUCUGCUUUUGAGGAGUCAUGCGCUCAACAUAUGUGCACAUUGGAUAAGCCGGUGAGAACGCCAGUAAAGGUGUUUACAUGCCACAUGAAAUUGGCAUAAUGGGCAAAAAUCUACCUGUGUCGAUGGGUUUAUUCUUAUUUAGUUUUUUGUUUUUGUUUUUAUUUUAUUUUCUCCCCAAUUCC